GUCGCACCUUCCGACUCCGGCAGCGACCCAGGCGGCCGCCGUCCGAGCGUUCGCCCACUUCCAGCGCGCGAAGUUCCACCAGCGUUGCCCGCCGAGCUUGACCUUGGAUCCAUAGUUCUCGGGUUGGACGGCCGCACGCGGGACACACCGACUUCGAGCUUCUUCUCUGUCUCCUAAGCAGACGGCGCUGCUGAGAGCGCAGGUGGCGCCCUCCUGCUUCCCGCUCUCCCCAUGCACCUGCCCGGCUGCGCCCCCGCCAUGGCCGACGGCAGCUUCUCCAUCGCCGGCCACCUGCUCCGCAGCCCGGGCGGGAGUACCUCGCGGCUGCACAGCAUCGAGGCCAUCCUGGGAUUUACCAAGGACGACGGGAUCCUCGGCUCCUUCCCGACGGAGCCGGGCGCCCGGGCCGCCAAGGAGCGCGACAGGAGACCUGGGGCGCGGGCCGCUUGUCCUAAGGCUGCCGGGGUAGGCGCAGAGCCCUCCCCGCCGCCCGCCCCGGCUCCAGCUCCUGAGUACGAAGCCCCUCGCUCCUACUGCCCCAAGGAGACAGGGGAGGCGCGGCCAACCCCGGGGCUGCCGGUCGGGCCCACUGCCGGGGACGCUACGCUGUCCGAGGAGGAGCCGCCCAAAAAGAAGCACCGGCGGAACCGCACGACCUUCACCACGUACCAGCUGCACGAGCUGGAACGUGCCUUCGAGAAGUCCCACUACCCCGACGUGUACAGCCGGGAGGAGCUGGCGGGCAAGGUCAACCUACCCGAGGUUCGGGUCCAGGUGUGGUUCCAGAACCGACGGGCCAAGUGGCGACGGCAGGAGAAGCUGGAGGUGUCUUCCAUGAAGCUGCAGGACUCGCCCCUCCUCUCCUUCAGCCGCUCCCCGCCCUCCGCGGCUCUGGCCCCGCUCGGGGCGGGCCCGGGCGGCGGCGGGGGACCGGCGGGGGGCGCCCUGCCCCUGGAGUCGUGGCUUGGGCCAUCGCUGCCGGGCGGCGGCGCCACUGCGCUGCAGAGCCUGCCCGGCUUCGGGCCGCCUGCCCAGAGCCUGCCCGCCAGCUACACGCCGCCGCCCUUCCUGAACUCGCCUCCUCUGGGCCCCGGCCUGCAGCCUCUUGCGCCGCCGCCGCCUCCCGCCUACCCCUGCGGGCCGGGCUUCGGGGACAAGUUCCCGCUGGAUGAGGCGGACCCGCGCAACAGCAGCAUCGCGGCGCUGCGCCUGAAGGCCAAGGAGCACAUCCAGGCCAUCGGGAAGCCGUGGCAGACCCUCUAGGGGCACCGGGGACCAAAUCCGGGCAGACAAUCUUCCAGGGAGCCGACCCCGAGCCGCAGGCGGGCGUCCCCUCUCCCUGGGUGCCCCGACUCGGCCUCACUUGCCCUGUGCCGCCGGAAGCUGCGGCCAGGCUUGGGCCUUGGGUGCGCGUCUGCUUCUGACUCACGGGGACGACUGACCCUGGGGUCUGCCGAGGCCCCUUGGCCACCCCAAACCCCCAAGGACCCCCAGCACUGCUGGUGGGGGGGGUGCGGAGCAGCAGCCCGGCCCCUCCAGCCACGUUCCUCCCACCCCGGGGGGGCGCUGGAGCCUCCAGGUUCAAUGCGCCCAACGCGCGGGGCCUUCUCGGGCUCUCCCGAGAGGGUGUCGUGGCAACGCCAGAUAACAAAUGGAAGGAAGGGGAGGCGGGGAAAUAGAGUUUGAAGAACUGUUUGUAUACGUAGUUUUAA